GCUGACAGCAUACACCCAGAGCGCGAGGACAAGAUGGCGGCUCGGCUGGCCCACGAGGACCUGGACGUGCGCCAGAUGGCCGAGGCGGAGCUGGCGAGGCUGCAGCGCCAGUGUCGCAUCAUGGAGGGCGACCGCCGCGCCUACAGCGAGCUGACGAGGCACCUCCUCGCCAAGCAGAGGGAGAUGGUGCGUGUGCUGGAGCGCGAGAGGGCGGCGGUCGCGGGCAAGCUGAGCUCGGCGCGGGCGGACCAAGAUGGCGGCCGGCACUCCGAGGGCAGGGCCCGCGCCAAGGAGCUCCUGGCGCUCGCCGACAAGCACGAGGCCAGCAUCCGCGCCGAGAAGGCGCAGGUGGCGGAGCUGGAGGUGCAAAUACAGAAGCUGGAGAAAGAGAUCUUGGAGCUGAAGAAGACCGACGUCAGCGACAGGCAGAGCUUCGAGCUGAGCAUCGAGUCGCAGAAGAACAUCAAAAGUCUCGAGAAUCGUCUCGGAGUGGCGACCGUGAAGUUCAACAAGAUGCUGGCCGACAACUCGGCGAUGCGCGAGGAGAUCGACCACCUGCUGAAGGAGCGCGGCCACUACAACCAGCUCCAGCAGCGGCUGACCGCGCGGCUGGCCGCGGGCAAGCGGCUGGUCGUCGACCUCAUCGAGCAGGCCACGCUCGCCUACGACCAGAGGGAGGAGGCGCAGAGCAAACUGCAGGCGCUGAAGGAGCGCGGUCGCACGGACGUGUUCGUGCACAGCCAGGAGAUGAGGGAGCUGCAGAGGCAGCUGGACCACGACUCCCGGCUGCAGGAGUUCCUCUCCGUCAAGGGGCAGACCCGCGUCAUGGCCGACCUGGAGGAGAGGGAGAGGCAGCGCAAGCAGAGUGAGAAGGAAGCUCAGGAGCAAAUGAUCGCCACCUAUCAGGAAAUACUUCGGAAGAUUAAGGAAUGCUGCAACGAGACGGACGUGGAGAAACUUUCCGCCCACUACGCCAAGCAAGAAGAAGAAAACUUCACAAUUUUCAACUAUGUUAAUGAACUAAACAAUGAACUGGAGGUGCUGCAGGACCAGGCCGGCGAGCUGCAGAAGAAGAUCGACGAGCACCACGCGCAGAGCCGGGAGCGCGCCAGCCGCCAGCGGGACUCGGCGGACCAGCUUCGCCGCGACCUGGGCGUGGCGCGGCGGGCCGCCGAGGACAGCCGCCUGGCCGCCGCCGCCUCCGAGGGCCUGCUGGCGCGGGUGCUGCGCGCCGUCGAGAACGUGUUCAACUUGGUGCGGUGCGACAACGCCCCGGUGCUGCAACUCCUAGGUCACAACUCCCACGUGACGUCACACAACGUCAUGCUCUACCUGGGCGUGAUCGAGUGCCGCAUCUCCGAUCUGGUCCGGCUGGUCGCCGGCCAGCGGCAGCUGGAGUGAGGGGUCGGGUUCCGGAACAUCCGCCCGCGGGCGGUCAACCACAAAAGCCGGUCGCCGAGCGGUUUCUACGGCGUGUCCCACGCUUUAGUCUGCAGUACAGAGAAUAUGGUACCAACUGCUGCUAGAGUGAUACUACCCGGCUUUUUAACUUCAUGUUAUUAUUCUUUAUGCCAUAUUUUAUUAUAGUUAGUUUUAAUUAUUGACGUGACGUCUAGUAAUUCGAUGAAAGACAGCUGCACGCACGAAAAAGUGUCCCGUAACGCACAUUGCCCCGUUACG